AUGGCUGACCAUCCUCCCUCUCCUCCUGCAAAGGCAGAACCAAUAUCAGAGUGUCUCCAAGAAUUGGUAGCCAAUAAAGGCGGAGAACCACCAGGAAGAUAUUGCUACAAAGAUGGUGUUGGUGAAGUCCUAGACACUUCUUCUCUUCCACUGAUGAAGAUUCCAAUUAUUGAUAUUGGUCUUCUUGCUUCUCCAACAUCGAUCUGCAGAGAAGAACUUGAAAAACUCCAUUCUGCUCUCAGCUCAUGUGGCUGCUUUAUGUCAAUAAAUCAUGGGAUGACAAGUUCGUUCUUGGACGAAGUGCGGUUAGCUACCAAGAAAUUCUUUGCUCUUCCCAUGGAAGAGAAGCAGAAAUAUGCCAGAGAAGUUGACGCCAUGGAAGGUUAUGGGAAUGACAUGAUUCUUUCAGAAGAUCAAGUGCUUGAUUGGAAUGACCGACUAUAUCUUCUAGCAAGCCCAGAAGACCAGAGACAGCUCAGAUAUUGGCCAGAAAGUCCUGCUAAUUUUAGAGAGACUUUGUUUGAAUAUACCUCUAAGUUACGGCUGAUAACUGAGGUCGUCCUCAAGGCCAUGGCUAGGUCACUGAACUUGGAAAACAACUGCUUUUUAGACAAAUAUGGAGCUAGGGCAAUAAUGCAGGCAAGAUUCAACUUCUUUCCUCCAUGUUCAAGGCAUCAUCUAGUUCUUGGCCUGAAAUCACAUUCUGAUGGAUCAGUAAUCACCAUUGUUCUUCAAGACAAAGAAGUGGAAGGUCUUCAAUUCCUGAAAGAUGAUCAAUGGUUUAGAGUUCCUAUUAUUCCUGAAGCUCUUCUCAUUAACAUUGGUGAACAAGCAGAGAUAUUGAGCAAUGGAUUGUUCAAGAGCCCAAUACACAGGGUGGUAAUAAACCCAGAAAGGGAGAGGUUUUCUCUGGCUGUGUUCUGUUCUCCAGAUCCUGAUAAUGAAAUUGAACCAGUAGAUGGUCUAGUCAGUAAGACAAGGCCAAGACAAUACAAGAAGGUGAAAAAUUAUGUUGGUAAUUACUUUCAAUACUACCAGAGGGGGAAGAGCCCAAUUGAAGCACUGAAAACUUAACUCUUUUUAGAUGAAUUUUUCGGUUAUGUAAUAAUUGCAGAUUGUUCUCUAGUUAUAAUCAGAAAAUCUCCAGGAAUAAAGCAUCAGCAAAAGCCAUUGGUUA